UCUUCAACUCAUCGUCACUUUAGGGCUUCCUUCUCUGAUUCUCUCAUUCCAACUGUACAUAAAACAAACUCGACCUGUCAACCCGUUCGGAGGCCCUCGUUGCCGGCGAAAUCUCCUCCCAAAUUCUCCUCCUCCAUUUCUCUCUGCGCUCUCCAUCUCUUCUUGAAUCUUGAUUUUCUGGCGAGAAGUCUUUGGUUUUCAAUCCAUUCUCUGUCGUGUGGGGCAGAGGGGAUGGCUCGGUCUGCGAGAGGUCAGCAACAAGAAUUGGAAGACGACGACGUAGAUCACCUGACUGGAAAUGGCUCUUCUUCGCACAAAGUGAAGGUGGAUGAAACGGCUAGAGAGCAGCGGGUUAACGCGCAUCGUUCUAAGCAUUCAGAAACUGAGCAGCGUAGAAGGAGCAAGAUAAAUGAAAGAUUUCAGAUUCUGAGAGACCUCAUUCCUCAAAAUGAUCAAAAAAGGGAUAAGGCUUCUUUCUUGUUGGAGGUUAUCGAGUAUAUUCAAUUUUUACAGGAGAAAUUACAGAUGUAUGAGCAAUCUUACCAAGGCUGGAACCAGGAGCCAAUGAAAUUAAUUCCUUGGAGAAAUCAUUGUGGACCAACUGAUAAUGUCACAUCUCAGGCUAUACAAAAUGGUUCUGGCCAUGAGAACAAUGACAUUGUCUCUCCAUCACUGCCGCUAAAUGCACAGAAUACAAUUGAAUCUGACUUGUCACCAACAGUUAUCCAUAAGGCUGGGCCCCCUGGUUUAGCUUCUGAUGCGGUUCCCCUGGGCAUGCAAAUGCGGCUGGACAUGUUUGAUCUGGCUGUGAGCAGUGGCCUUCCAACCCAACAUUUACAUGAAGCAGUUUCUAACACCGAGAACACACCUUCCAAUACUCAGCCUCACGAGUGUCUUGGUGAACCCAAGGAGGGUGCAUAUGAUUUUCGAAAUAAUACAUUGAAGGAUCAAGACGAGCUGACAUUUGAAAGUGAAUCGGUUAGCAUCUCAAGAGCCUAUUCUCAGGGAAUAUUGGAUAAUUUCAUGCAAGCAUUGCGGUCUUCGGGUGUGGAUUUAUCUGAGGCCAACGUUGCAGUACAAAUUGAUGUAGGGAGACGAUCAAUUGCCUCCACGUCUAGCUCAAAGGAUCAUGGGAACCAAUUUGUGAACACGCAAUCAAUACCAUGCCCAGGAGUCGACUACUACAGUGAGGAUUCUGAGCAAGCUCUUAAGAGGCUCAGACGAGAAGAGAUGUCCUGACAUAGGCUGACUUUUCGAGGUCAUCCUUUAGGUCUGCCUCAAGAAAUGAUGGUGGGAUCUAAAGGACAACAUGGUAUGAUCACGUUUCAAUGGAAUUAGGUCCAUGUCGGAGAAUCCUAGGUUUGGUGAAUGAUGAGCACCUUUUGUCAUUUGCCUUUUGAGUUCUCGAAACAAAAGGUUCACGACUCUUCUCCAGUAAGAAGUAUCUGUAUGGUUCCAUUGAAGCUAGAGGUAACCCGCAAAUUAUGGGUUCUGUUCUGAGUUUGUAUGGACAAUGAGUUCAAUUCAAGUAGUUAAGAAGUGAUGUAACUUGAGUAAAUGAAAUUUGAAUAAUUGCUACGCAAGAGUUGAUAUUAAUAUUUUUAUAUAUGUAGUGUGCACGGGCGCUCGAAGGACAACUAUAAUCUGCAUUUGGUAGCUGGUUAUUUCGGUUUGAAUAUGCUAUUAAUUCUCAAUAUAAUAGUUAGUUUGACUUUUGAUUUAA